AUUGAAUGUGUCCAGUGUACGUAUUUGUCAAAGCGGGAGCAAAACGGGAGGAAGUGUGCAAACGCUCUUCAAAAUAUCCAAAAACUGCAUUUAUGUGGAUGUGUGGCUUCCUCGCAGCGGAUGUGGAUUGAGUCGCGGUGAGCUCCGCCAAGCCUCCUCGCCGCACUGGUGAGAAGGGAGGGGGGACUAUUUUAUUGUCUGGGAUGCGCAUUUUCGGGAGUGGGGGUGGGAGGAGGACGCGUCCCGCGGCGAGAGCGCGUGGGGGAGUGCUCCGGCUCCAACAUGGGCGUCUGGGACAAUAACGACUCGCCUCCUUGUUACCUCCGCUCUCAUCCGGCGUUGCCAUGAAGACCCGUUGCGCAGUGCAGCGCCAAACAUCAUAGCCGGAUUUGGGAUCGGCGGGGAUUAUAUAAAAGAAUCAUCCUUGUCUAGACCCCCCCCCCCCUCCUUUUUUUUGCUUCUCCAUAUCCCCUCCACGUCUCGUGUGCAUGUAAGGAGAGUCACUUUUGGGGGGGUGGGGGCUGUGUCGUGGGCACAGAUGAGAGGCAAGACAUUUCACCCUCCGCUGAAGUUGACAGCACCCUGGGAGAAGGAUGCUGGCUUCGGCAGGAAGCUCAAGACCUACAGGAACCAUACCAAGAUAAUAGCGCAGCCCGGCAUCGUGAUGAAAGUGCUGCGCAGGAAGCGGAUUGUGCUGUUUGCGGCCUACUUCCUGCUCCUGGUGCUGACCAUGCUCAACUUGGCCAACUACAAGUGGACCAAGGAGCCGCAGCCUUGCAGCCACCCCAUGAGGGGCGCCGCCUACCAGGGUCGCUCUGACCUGCGCUACCUCUACAGGCCCUCGCUAGCCAAGAAGAGGCAACUCAUCUACGUGCUGACGACGUGGCGCUCGGGCUCGUCCUUCUUCGGCGAGCUCUUCAACCAGAACCCCGAUGUGUUCUUCCUGUACGAGCCCAUGUGGCACAUCUGGCAGAAGCUGUACCCGGGCGACGCCGUGUCUCUGCAAGGGGCGGCGCGCGACAUGCUGAGCUCGCUGUACCGCUGCGACUUGUCCGUCUUUCAGCUUUACAACAGCCCCGGGGGUAAAAAUUUCACCUCGUUGGGGUUGUUCGGCGCCACGCUUAACAAGGUGGUGUGCUCCUACCCGCUCUGCUCGGCCUACAGGAAGGACGUGGUGGGGAUGGUGGACGAAAAAGUGUGCAAAAAGUGCCCCCCGCAAAGCCUCCGGCUGCUAGAAGACGAGUGCCUCAAGUACAACACGGUGGUCAUCAAAGGGGUGCGCAUUCUGGACGUCAACGUUCUGGCGCCCCUCAUGGAGGACCCCUCCUUGGACCUGAAGGUGAUUCACCUGGUCCGAGACCCGCGGGCGGUAGCCAACUCCCGCAUCAAGUCCCGGCACGGCCUCAUCCGGGAGAACCUGCAGGUGGUGCGCAGCCGGGACCCCAAACUCCGCCGGAUCCCGUUCGUGGAUGCCAGCCACAAGGCCAACAAGAAGGACGGCUCGGACUACCACUCCAUCGGCGCCAUGGAGGUAAUCUGUGACCGCACCUCCCGGACGCUGAGGACGGCGUUGAACCCGCCUGGUUGGCUCAAGGGCAACUACAUGGCCGUGCGUUACGAGGACCUGGUGGACAACCCGGUGAAGACGCUGCGCGGCAUCUACCGCUUUGCCAAUCUGACGGCCAACCGCGACAUCGAGUCGUUUGCCCUCAACAUGACCAGCGGAUCCAACUCGUCGUCCAAGCCCUUCAUCGUGUCGUCGCGCAACGCCACGCAGGCGGCCAGCGCCUGGCGGACGGUGCUCAGCAUCCAGCAGAUCAAGCAGGUGGAGGACUACUGCCAUUACUCCAUGUCUGUGCUGGGCUACGAGCGCGUGCGGACCGCCGGUGAGGCCAAGGACCUGAGCAAAUCAUUACUGACGCAUUCCAAGCUGUGAAGACGCCGCCAAAGACGCAAAGUGGGGGAAUCUCGUUGGCCUCACAUUGGGAAUGUAGCGCCUUUUGAACGGCGCCUGCAAGGACCGAUCGCUUUUUUCUAUCGGAACACUGGAUGCCAUUCGUUGCCAGGCCUACUAAUGACAAUGAAAAUCUCUUUGCGCAGGGGUUCUCAAACUUUUUGGGUCUGGAUCAGGAGCUCCUUGAAAAUGUUUUUCCAAAGACCACCUUACAAUCCAAUCAUCACAAUUAGCGAUGGGUUCGAUACCACCGAUACAAAUAUUCACUCUUUGAUACCAAGUACCGAUACCUGCAGUGCUUUCGGUAUAUCAAAUUUGAUUUAAAUAAAUUUGCAAAUUAUAAUUCAAGCAAAGUAUGAAUCUUGAACCAGCCACCAGUUUGAGAACCUCUGCUGUGACGUUUGUGUAAAUUUAAAAGUGGAUGUUAUUUUUUGAAUGUUUGGAAGAAAAAAAAUGUUUUCCAGUCUCCAUAUCAUUUGUACAAGUGAAACUAGUGGAUGAAAAAAAAUAUGUUUAAGGUCAAAGACAAUCAAUGCCAUGUUCGAGUAGGCCGACGUCAGACUAGAUUAUUUUCAACUUCAAUUGUUUUUUUUCCUUGCGGGAUGAUGCACUGUGGACAAUGCCUCGACUGCUGCGGAGCUGCCAAAGUCCUCGUCGUCGAUGUGAACAGUCUUGUUUUUCCAAUGUUUACAAUCGUUGGCUUUACUCUCAUCCAACGCUCACGUGACCUCCAUUAUGUGGUGGUGGUGGGGGGGAGGGGAAUAUCCAGUAAACAAGCAAAGAGUUACUA